GUCACACGGAAUCCCUAGGUUUCACAAGUGACCAGAGAGUCAAGCCUACAUCGGUAUCUUCCUACCAGCUUUUGUCUUUUUAUGUCUCUCUCCAAGUUCCCAGAUGUGAAUUAUGGCUGGUGUAUUCGACUUAGAACUCCAUGAAGGCGUCGGCGAUGAUGAGGAAAUCUCCGAAGAUGAGUUUUUCGCGGCUGAUGAAAAUUUUCAGGAACAAGGACCCCUAAGCCCCGAAGAUGAUCCGGAGAUGGAGACAGUGGAGCUGUCUGAGCAGACGGUCAAUCCAGGUCAGCUUAAGACGGGCCCAGCUGACUUUGAACUGCUCAAAGUCCUCGGUAAAGGGGGAUAUGGGAAGGUCUUCCAAGUGCGCAAAAUUUCAGGGCAAGAUGGAGGCAAGAUAUUUGCCAUGAAAGUUCUUAAAAAGGCUACUAUUGCCCGGAACGCCAAGGACACAGCUCACACCAAGGCCGAGAGGAACAUCCUGGAAUGUGUGAAGCAUCCAUUCAUUGUAGAUCUGAUCUACGCCUUCCAGACGGGUGGCAAGCUGUACCUGAUCCUGGAGUACCUGCCUGGGGGGGAACUCUUCAUGCAGCUGGAGCGCGAGGGCAUCUUCAUGGAGGACACAGCUUGCUUCUACCUUGCCGAGAUCACUCUUGCCAUUGAGCAUCUCCACUCCCAGGGAAUCAUAUACCGAGAUCUGAAACCCGAGAACAUUCUCCUCGACUCCCAGGGCCACGUGAAGCUGACAGACUUCGGCCUGUGCAAAGAGUCCAUCAACGAUGGGACCGUAACUCACACCUUCUGUGGGACCAUUGAGUACAUGGCCCCGGAGAUUCUGACCCGCAGUGGCCAUGGCAAGGCAGUGGACUGGUGGAGCCUUGGAGCCCUCAUGUACGACAUGCUGACCGGAGCGCCUCCAUUCACAGCUGAAAAUCGGAAGAAGACAAUUGACAAAAUCCUGAAAGCCAAGCUGAGUCUGCCUCCAUAUCUCACUAAUGAGGCUCGGGGUCUCAUCAAGAGGUUACUCAGGAAGUCUCCAUCGGAGAGACUGGGAGGAGGGGCUGACGAUGCGAACCCAAUCAAGUCCCAUGCCUUUUUUCGUCACAUCGACUGGUCAGAGCUGCUGGCAAGGAGGUUUGAGCCGCCGUUUAAACCCAACGUGACGGGGGACGAGGAUGUGAGUCAGUUCGACACAAAGUUCACCAAGCAGACACCUGUGGAUUCCCCCGACGACUCGGUGCUCAGCGAGAGUGCCAACCAAGUCUUUCUUGGCUUCACAUACGUAGCGCCGUCAGUUCUCUACGAGAUGAACAAGCCGUGGAUAUCGGAGAAGGAGCCGAGAUCCCCACGCAAGGUGAUGGCGUCUACUCUCCGAGGAGCCGUCAGUCCAUCACAUCAGCAUAUUGUGGAGGGCUUUGCUAUCGGUCAAAUCGGCCAGGCCAACGGCCUCCACCAUGAUCGACACCAGGAGGCCAUGGACACGUCAAGUCUCCCUAAAAGGUCAAAGUCCCCCGCCAUUGCUACUAAAAAUAGUGCUUUCAAAAAGCUAGCUUUUCCUGGAGCCCGGAAUAGGCCCCCCCAUCUACAAAUGAACUAAUUAGGUAGUCUUAGGUCAAUAUGCAAUAUGUGAAGUAAUUUAUUGAUGUGUUAAUUAUUGUAUUUAAUGUGAUCAGUAUUUUGAUGAAGAUUUUGUGCAUCUCAUGGACUGUUUAACACAGUGAAUAUGGGAUUGUUUUCUGAGUACAGAUUUUUAAACAAGGACUUACUGGUGUGGCAGUCUUUAUUUUUUAGAUAAAAUUAAUGUUAUGUUUUUAAUCAGUUCCUAUUUAUUUUGCGUACUGAAUGACAAGUACAACGAAGCGGGACCAAGUGACAGACUGUUGAAUUACAAAACAGAUGGAUGCAAAAUUUCAUUUAUUUAAUCAUAGUCCUAGCUGCCUGUCUUUUCCAGCCUUAGAAAUCUGUGGGUUUUAGGACUAGUCCCGAGGACUUGUGUUUUAGGACUAGUCCCGAGGACUUGUGUAAGCCCUAUUUCACAAGUCCUCAGCCCUUGUAGCUAGUCCUGCUUGAACAAGACAAAAUGUUGAAUAUGUUUUCAUUUUCUGUCCGUCUUAUUCAGUUCCAGUUUGUAGCAAAAUUGAAGCAUUGAGAACUGGUUCAGAAUUAUAACCUUCAAAUACUACUAGUCAAUGAAGACGACCAUCAUUGGAUUUUUACUUGUCCUCAGCACAAUUUAGGAGUCUCAGGCUAGUGGGCUAGCAUGAAUUUCGAAUACUGCUUUACACAUUGUCAUUUUUGCCACUAGGAACAAGACUAGAUGUGUAUAUAAUACAGUCCGGCUGGCUGCUGUUUUAAUCUUAUAUCAAUAGUUUUUAUUAGGCAUGUCACCAUCUUCUACUUUCCUGACAACUGAUUGAAAUCCACACUGAAAUAUACAUGAUAUACAUUAUCUAUACUGCUUGUUUCUUACAUAUCACUUUCAUUAAACUGCAUAAUCUCAUGAUAAAUACAAACUUAAAUAUUGCCCUCAAAAUAGAUUUCAAAAUAUUUUUGUAUUUUCCCGAUUUCUUGUUUUUGAACAUUUCCGAUCGGUGGUGAUACUUCUUCACCCAAGACAUUCAUUAUUUGUACUGCUUGCUCCACAAUUUUUAGUUUUGUUUACUAAAUGAUAAUUUUAUUUUGUUUGGUAUUAUGUUUUGUUGAGAGAAAUGUUAAGAUCUGACAUUUGAACAUUAACUAUCCUGUUCAACCUGACGAUCUCUAUGAUUAUCACAACAGUGACUUGUUGAAAAACUUACAAUUACAAGCAAUAUCAAAUUAUACAGACACAUUGAAAUUUGAGAAAACACUGACAUUUGUUUCGUAUUAACUUGUUUGAUUUAUCCAAACCUGUCCACUGUUACUGUUUAUGUUUGUGUAGAGCGUGAGAGUGUGAUAACUUUGUGUGUAUGUGUGCGACGUACCGCCACCUGUGAUCCCAGAUUACCCAUGUAUAUAUUGUGUAUAUUUAUUGCUAUAUGAUAUGACAGGCUGAAUUGACACCAAUCUCAUUAAGAUGAGAUCUUUUAUUCUGAUACCUCUCUGCGUGAAGAUCUGACACCUCCAAAGGAUUUAAAGCCGGUAAAAUUCUAAAUCAGACAAUCAGUGGGUGAGCGAAGCAUUCAGAGCAGUUCAUCUUGUAAAUGAACUUAAGCAAGUAGUUCCAAAUGUUAAAUAAUAAAGGGUGUGUAAUCAUAUUGUGUUUAUGACAUCUAAACCUUGUAAUGUGGGUACCAUGGAAGGAAUAUGUGAUCUGUAUUGGUUUGUUAAAACUAAAAUGUCUGAAUCAUUUUAAGAAGCUGAUAUCUGACUGGCUAAAGGACCGACUCGUUCAUUAGCUUGGUGGUCCGAGUUCGCUGAUGGUUCACCGACACGACCUAAGGAUGUUGUCCGAUCUUCACGCAGGGAAGGACUGAAUCGGAGUGAAAAGAUCUGAUUUCAGUGAGAUUGAAACACACCGGCUUGGGUUGAGACACUCUAUGCAGCUGGACAGGGUGUUCAGCCAUUAAUCUGUUACACAUUACAAGGCUUCCAUGUUUGUAUCAAGAGAUGUUAGUUACUGGAUGUAUGUUAAAGCUUGAGCAACAAGCCCCUGCAUGGGUUAUCUAUAGAACGCUGAUCCACUGACCAGAAAUGAGUGUAAGGCCCUCCAUUUUUAUAUCUUGUUUGCAGUGGUAGAAACUAACAGUUUUAUUCCACUAGUCCCUAUAAUGAUAGCAAAUAGCGAAACCCUUAAAAAUGAAUGUCUACUAGUCCUUAUGAUACCUCAACUAUUGGGCAGUUUGGCAUGGACUAUAGGACUAGUGCCAAUUUGUAACUCUGGAUCAUUUACAGAUUAAUCAAGCCCAAUUAGCAGCUACACAACCUUUUCAAUCACUUAAAACAAAUAAUUGUAAGUUCUUUAUUUCUGAAAAUUAGAAAAUACAACUGAACAAAUUUAAAGUACAAUCUCUACCCCCUGUUGUGUACAGACCGAAGUUGGUGCUUCUCACUGUGACAAUAGUACUGCCCCUUAAACAUGAUAGAGCCGGAGUGGUAGGCUUGUGGUUAAAGCGUUCGCUCGUAACUCUGAAGACCUAGGUUCGAGUCCCAACAAUGUGUGAAGGCCAUUUCUGUUGUCCCAAUGCCAUGAUAUUGUUGGAAUUUUUGUUACAAGCGGCAUAAAACUACAUUCACUCACUCACUAAACAUGUUAAACCAUACCAUGUAUUGCUUCCCUGCUAAGCUACCAACCAGAUACAUUGGAGAUUGGAAGUUGGUGCUGUGUACCUGAAGGUGACUGGCACCUUACCCACUCACCCACUGGUGGAGUAAGGUGGCACAGCACAUGCAAGCACCAGGAUUGUUUGAAUCCCAGUUUGCCUUGAUUAUGAUCCUUGGCUAGUCAGCACCUUACUCAAGAUUUGGUUUCACCGAAGUGGUAAAAGUCUAUGACCUGCGUCACUUUGGGCUUUCCUCUCACAUGAUGGUGACGAAGCUGUCCUGGGUAUAUGCAAGAAUGGAUCCUUCAGUGAUAUUGAUGACGUCCAGUGAAAAGGCAUCAAUUGAAGUAUUCAGGGAUUUAUGUAGACUUGCUCAAAGGCUGAUAUUCGUCCCCAAGUCUGAAGCUAAAGUCAAGAAUAUGGAUGUUUUUUUUAUAAUUUCCUAUUUCAUGCUAUUAUAGUUCUGACUAAUCAUAUCCCAACAUAGGUACAAUGUGCAGCCCAUUUCUGGUGUCCCCCGCCGUGAUAAUGCUGGAAUAUUGUUUAAAGCGGCGUAAAACCAAACUCACUCACUCACUGAUUAAUCAUAGCCCACUAGAGGUGGCUUGCAUCUCACUUACAACAGGAACAAUAAACAGGAAGAGGCUUUUAUGCUUGGUUUCGUUAUAUUGCAUUAAUGGCAAUAUUAAUAAACACAAUUUUAGGAAAAUAACGAACAAAAUAUGCUUUUGUGCCGAUGAGCCUGCCGCCUCGGGUUCUUUGUUUGGAAUUGUAAAUAAAUGCCUAAUAUUGUACCGUAAGUGCUGUUGUAAGUUUAUGAAAGAUCACCUUUGUCAUUUUAUGAUCAUGGUAGUAAUUUGUUCGUCAGGUCUGAGAAUCAACUAUGAAUAAUGUUUGUGACAUUUCGUCUUCUCUUGUGUCAUCAUUUCAGUAACCCAUGCUUGCCGUGAAAGGCGACUAUGCUUGCCGUGAAAGGCGACUAUGCUUGUCGUAAGAGGCGACUAACAGGAUCAGGUGGUCAGGCUUGCUGACUUGGUUGAUGCAUGUCAUUGUAUCCCAAUUGCGUGGAUAUAUAUGCUCAUGAUGUCAAUCACUGGAUUGUCUGGUCCAGACUUGAUUAUUUACAGACCACCGUCAUAUAGCUGGAAUAUUGCUGAGUGCGGCGUUAAACAACAAACAAACAAAUCAUAAAUCAAAGCGUUACAGUAAUGAAAUCCAACUUGUUUUUAUCAAAGACUUGUUUGAGUAUUCAACUUGUGUCUAAAUGUUUUGAUAUGUAUUUUAAAUACUCACUACUUAAACAGUCUUGCCAGUGGUGGACAUUGUAAUCGAUGUGAUCAUGCCACGAAGCUAGUUACGCGAUGUGAACUAAUCUGUUUCAUAGUUUUGUGACUUGAGGACGUGGCCACAGAGCUCAGCCCCUCUGGGGGAUCAACUUCUUGUUGGUUUCAAAUCCCAAAUUAGACCUGAUUGGUGAGCCGCACUCUCUCAGGAAGCCAUGGCGAUUAACAGUUGAAGACCAAGUAGUUUGUUUGAAACAAUUGUCUUACGUAAUGAGUUAAACAGAACUUCGGAAGAACAAGAUAAGCGUGACUGUCAUGAUUAUGAUCGUCAUGACACAAGAGCUUAUGAUUAUGAUUAUCGUGGCACAAGAUGUUAUUGUGUCAUCGGUCAGUGGUUUAUGCAAACAUGGAAGCCUUCAGAGAUUUACUCGGUUGGGAACUUAAGUCACUUCCAGUGUGAAGUCAGUAUGUGUGAAUAACCUCUCAUUUGUACAUCCAGUGUGAAGUCAGAAUACAUGAAUAAACUAAUCUCGGAAGGAUAUGAAGAGAAUGAUUUGUAUGUCUGGGGAAUGCUUAAUAAAGAUUUGAUUCUUCAUAGAA